GUCUGAAUUCAGUGUGUUACGUUUUUCAGACGGCUGCAGCAGCUAGUGAAUAUUUAGUUGCUAGAGAUACAGAACAAUGAUUUCUUGCUACAAUCCUCUGAAUGUUAACUCUCAGCUUCUGCUGUGCAAUUCUUCCCAGCAGUUAAAGAGCGUCAAGCAUCCUUGUCUGCAUCGUAGUAAGUUGCAUAAGAGAAGUUCUGAUGUAACCACAAGAGGAAUGAAAGUCACUGCUUAUUAUGGCUUGAAGACGCCCCCCUAUGAACUUGAUGCUUUAGAGCCAUAUAUGAGCCGGAAGACGUUGGAGGUUCACUGGGGUAAACAUCACCGUAAUUACGUUGAAGGUCUAAACAAACAACUGAGCCAAAAUGAUAUUUUAUAUGGCCACACUUUAGAUGAACUUCUCAAAGUAACAUAUAACAAUGGAAAUCCUUUACCUGAGUUUAACAAUGCUGCCCAGGUCUGGAAUCAUGACUUCUUUUGGGAAUCCAUGCAACCUGGAGGAGGAAGCAUGCCCAUACUUGGUGUUCUACAACAAAUUGAAAAAGAUUUUGGUUCUUUUACCAAUUUCAAGGACAAGUUUAUACAAGCAUCUCUUUCACACUUUGGUUCUGGCUGGGUUUGGCUUGUUUUAAAGAGACAAGAAAAACGACUCGCUGUGAUCACAACUUCGAAUGCGACAAGCCCGCUUGUCUGGGAUGACAUUCCAAUCAUCUGCUUGGAUAUGUGGGAGCAUGCUUAUUAUCUGGAUUACAAGAAUGAUAAAAAAGAGUAUGUCAAUAUGUUCAUGGACCAUCUCGUAUCGUGGAAUGCAGCGAUGGGGCGUAUGGCUCGAGCAGAGUGCUUCGUGAAUUUAGGCGAACCAAAAAUUCCUGUAGCUUAAUAACAUUCAUUGAUACUAGAGGUACUCGCAAACGAUCCAAUGAAGCGACCAGGGAAAUCUCGAAGCCUUGUGUUUUUCUUUUAUCGAAUCGGGUUGUAGGUUUGACAAGUUUUGUUCUCUACAUAAGAUUUCCGUCAUGAUUUUGUAGUAACAUGAAGGAUAGCUUCCUUAGAAAUGUAUAGGAAUCUUCAAACAUGUCAUUUUCGUAAUUAAGCGUUUUUUCAUAUGUAUUAAAUAACGUCUUGAGAUCUAACUUAUAUGUGUUGGAUAAAUAGCUCACAUCUUCGUAUCCAA